UGCACUUACAUAGGAAAUACUAAAUCAGCCUGUUCGAGGAUUUCUCAACGAAGGCAAGAUGGCUUCCGAGUCGGUGGAAGAAAAGAGAGAAGAGAGUGAGAAGGACAGACACAAGGUCGACGUGGAACGGUACAUCUCAGCCGACAGCAUGAAGGCUCUGUGUGAAGUGAAGCUGGCACCAUCUGUGUUGGAGAGUGAAGAUGCAAGAAGCGUAUUCGCACGACUCCCCGCGCUCUUCAGCAAGAUGAGAAAGAUCUGCAGGAAGACGAUGAAUGCGCAGCCAUACGCAAAACUAACAUACUCGCUGGACGAAUUCACCGGAGAUGUCAUCGAUGGCAUACACACGAUGCAGGCCCUCGAGGUCAACCUGACCUUGGACAAGGACAAGCAGAUGUCAGAAGCGAAGAGCAUCCACCUGCGAAAGCGCAAGGCUCUCUCUGAACUCUUCAAGUACCUGGCAGAGCUUGGUUUGUCGUAUCGGAAGGGGUUGAUCUACGAGCGAGAGGCCGACGCCACGCGCCUCAUGCGCAGCGAACCGCUGGACAUCGAGGCAACUCUUGGCCAGCUGCCAGCUUUCGGGUGUGAUGGUGCUACAAUAAACGCAUGGAAAGGUUGCCAUAGGUAUUACUAUAGCUGCAUGGCCAGGAGAGCUCUGGUAAAGACAACAAUGGAGACACCUUCAAAGGAUGCACGCACGAACCCCGUGUUUUUGUCUCUGAUGAGGAACGCAGCAGCAACGCGCAUGCAGGCAACGCCUUAUCUCACCGACUCCACGGCAGCCAGCACAACAGGUGGCGAUGGCGCCUCGCUCACAUCUCCGCUUCCCUCCGCGUCAGCACCAGCAGCAGAAGAUGAGGAAGCUGACCCUCCCAACGCAGCCGAACUAGAACCCUCCGCGGACGCAUCGAGUUUCGUCGCCGCGACGACGGAGACAAUCUUUUCGCCUCCCGCGACACAGUCGGCGGCGGAGGUCACUGCAGGGUCGGAUGCCCCGGCGCAGACGACGAGAGCAGUCGCGACGACGCAGGUGGCGCCACCGGACGCGGACGCUGCCGAGUCCGGCGGAGCGGGCGAGCGGCCGGCGACGACGCGAGUCGUGUUGCCGCUGGCGACGGAGGCGGGCCACGCCCAGGACGCGCUCGCGACCCGUCUCGCGUCCGGCGAACCCGCACCUUCGCCGGUGCACUCUGGCGGCAGUGCUCCGACGUCUCCCUCGACGCCGACGCCGUCCGUGAUUCCGUCCGUCGAGGUCGCCAUCCGCAAGGUCACGGUCGCCGGGGCGGAGGCGCCACCUGGCGGCAACGGUAGAACGGCGACGUCGCCGCUCGGCUCUUCCCUCGAACCGACGUCGAGCACAGUUGCCGUGGCGACAGCAUUGUCGUCGACGACGGAGGAUGCCCGGCCGGCGGCGGCAGGGGAGAAUCCCGUCGUUCUCUUCGACAACGUCCGCGAGGAUGCGGACGCGGUGGAGAGCACCGUCGCUACGUCGACCUCUGACCCCGAACCGCCCGCCGCCGUUGCCGACCCGACCCGCGAGACGACGCCGGGGGAGGGCGUCGCCACGGCAACGACAGACGCUGAGCCUAUCGCGCAGCAGAGCGCGCCGCCGUCGUCAAGCCAAAUGCCACCGUCCCCAGAGUUUUCUCCGUCCUCUGCUCUCGCACCGUCCCCAAGCCAAAUAUCGUCAACGGAGUUGUCACCGUCCUCGAGUCACGUACCGUCCUCGGAACUCGCACCGUCGUCAAACCUUACGCCGUCCCCGAGCCAAGAAGUGUCUUCGAACCAAGCAACGUCGAUUUCCACCUUGUCCACAAGUCCUGCGGUAACGACUAGCAGUUCCAUCGAGUCGUCUUCUAGCGCUAAGAAAAUUUCCAUUUUGUUUCCGUUGAAUGCCACUCGAUUCACUGUAAAGCCUACGACGGAUGUUGUAGCAGCCACUGCAACGGACUCCCCUGGAGUUGUAACGGCAAGCCAAAUUACGAGCACAGUUUCCUCUAGAGCUGUUGCAGUCACAUCUUCCACCGUCCCCACCAGUGCUAGUGCGUCGACCGCCAAAGUCGAGGAUGCAACUAUUGACGCGCGUGCGUCUGUAACUACCGCAGCUGCUGUCGCCACUGCCACCACGACCGUAGAUGUAAUGGAUGGUGUAGCUUCCACCAGCAGUGACACCGGCACCACUGCUCUCGGUGGCAACACUACGAGCGAAUACGACAACGUAACCGUCAUCGGUGAAGGUCGCUUCAAUGUCACCGCCGACGGUGACGUCGCCGACGGCGGUAACGUCACCGCCGGUUACGCGACGACGAGCAGGACAAAAACUGUGCGCAUAGUGAUCUACGUGUGCGUGGGGUCGCUACUGGGGGCGCUGCUCAUGGUGGCCAUAGUGGGUCUCAUCGUGAGCUCGUGCAGAAGCAACCACCAGCAGUCGUUCACGCUCAAGGACACGCCACACCUAAACUUCACCAAUGAGGAUUUUACGCUGACCCAAAUUCCCCGGCCAAAAACCAUUCUCACGACGCAGAACGAGGUAAGUGGCAGCGCCCUGAAGCAGAAGAAUGGAGAGCCAAUGAGCAACAGCAGCACCGAGCGGCUGACGGAGGGCAAAAGCGGAGGAGAAAAUGGCCACCAUCGCAACGGAGCGAUGCCGCGGCAGAAGGGGGGCAUCGACAACCCGGGGUUCAAGCCGGAUCAGGUUGAGAUGGUGGAGAACAAGAGUGGCGUGUACAUCCCCGAUGCAGAUUACGACAUCGUCGCCACGGCAAAGGGAGAUUCCGACAGCGACGCGCUCCAAGUCAGUUUUUAA